AUGAUGGGUGCGGACGUGAAGACGCUUGGCGGUGAGGGCAGCGGUGUGACGCCGCGGAUCUGCCUGGAGAUCUUUGAGCGGAAGGCGAGCGUGGAGGCGGAGGGGCACUCGCGGUGGAGCGUGGAGCUCGGGUACGUGGAGGUGUACAACGAGCGCGUGUCGGACUUGCUUGGGAAGCGGAAGAAGGGCGCGAAGGACGGUGGCGAGGAGGUGCACGUGGACGUGCGGGAGCACCCGAGCCGCGGGGUGUUCCUGGAGGGGCAGCGGGUGGUGGAGGUUGGGUGUCUGGACGACGUUGUGCGGCUGAUCGAGCUGGGGAACGGCGUGCGGCACACUGCUGCGACGAAGAUGAACGAGCGGAGCAGCCGGAGCCACGCGAUCAUCAUGCUGCUGCUGCGCGAGGAGCGGACGAUGACGACGACGAGCGGGGAGACGAUCCGGACUGCGGGCAAGAACAGCCGGAUGAACCUUGUAGACCUUGCGGGGUCUGAGCGCGUGGCGCAGUCGCAGGUGGAGGGGCAGCAGUUCAAGGAGGCGACGCACAUCAACCUGUCGCUGACGACGCUGGGGCGCGUGAUCGACGUGCUCGCGGACAUGGCGAAGAAGGGCGCGAGGGCGCAGUACACCGUUGCGCCGUUCCGCGACUCGAAGCUGACGUUCAUCCUGCGGGACUCGCUUGGCGGGAACUCGAAGACGUUCAUGAUUGCGACUGUGAGCCCGAGCGCGCUGAACUACGAGGAGACGCUGAGCACGCUGCGGUACGCGUCGCGCGCGCGCGACAUUGUGAACGUCGCGCAGGUGAACGAGGACCCGCGCGCGCGGCGGAUCCGCGAGCUGGAGGAGCAGAUGGCGGACAUGCGGAAGGCGAUGGCCGGCGGCGACCCUGCGUACGUGUCUGAGCUGAAGGAGAAGCUUACGCUGCUGGAGUCGGAGGCGCAGAAGCGUGCGGCGGAUCUGCAGGCGCUGGAGCGGGAGCGUGAAAAGAAUGAGAUUCGCGACUUGAUGCUUAAAGCGACGGAGGCGGAGAGGUUGGAGCUGUUGGAACGGGCUGAUGCACUCGAGCAGGAGGUGGCGCUUAGCCGAGCGCAGGCAGAGAGAAUGGAGCUGGAGAACAAGCGGUUGCACGAUCUGCAUCGCGAGAAAGAGGCUCUUCUGCGUGCUCGUGAGGCCUCCCUGGAGAAGCAUUGUGCAGAGAUGCGGCGGCGGGAAUGUUCGAUAGCGAAUCACCAAGAGGAAUGGCAGGUGAGUAUUAAGGAGGAACGGCGACAGCAUGAUACGCUGCUCUUGCAGUUAAGGGAGGCAGAUGAGCGUAACUUUCAUCUUAGCAACUUUUUCCGAGACUAUGUAACAGAUAUGCGCCGAUGUAUGGACGCCAUCUUGAGCACCGCCCUCUUAGAAUGCCGCCAAGGGGUAGAUGUGGCUCAGGCGAGCGUGGAUCAUUUGACGGCGGCGUCAUGCGAGCUUCAGUCUCAGGUAACCAACCUUAAAGAGGAGCUGCGACAGGCAGAAUCAGCGCUGACUGAUGCCCAUAUGAAGAACGAGAAGCUAUCCGCAGAUGCCACUGCAGCAGCUGCGCAGCACGCUCACCAACUCAACGACGUAAACAGCCAGCUUGAUCAGCUUCGGCGAGAGUUGGAAGCUGCUGCCCUAGAGAACGGAACUCUUCGGACUCAGCUUGAUGAGACUACGAAGGAAUUGGACAACAAGAACGCUUCGUUAGAAAAGGCACUUCACAGCGCUCAUGAGCUGCGUGGACAACUGGAGAGCGCCACUGCCGCAGUCGCUCACUUGGAGGCUCAAAAUUGUGCCUACAGUGCUGCAGUAAAAGUUGCCACCGACGAAAACAAAAAGCUCUCUGCUCACUUGGCCCAGUUGCAGGACGAAGAGCAGCGCCUCUCUGAAUCCCUCCAGAAGCAGCGGCAGAUCGCCAUCGACCUUGCCUACUUCGACGAGCGAUGGACCUUUCCCGAUCCCAAAGACGCCACAGAAACUACCUCGCACACCAAGAGCUUCCCCCAGACAGAGUGGAAGCUUCUUCUGCAAAAAAAACCCUUGGAGCUCCACAGCAUCUUCCGCACUGAAGCUGCCCUUGCUUGCCAUGUCCGACAGAGCCAUAUAACAUCGCUCCACUUCCAACUCGGGAGUCUUCAGGCAACAUUUAACGUACAACACCCCAUCACCAUCUCCAAACACCAAAUUCAGCAACGGUUGGACACAUACCCGUUCCGCGCCAUGCAGGAGAUGUAUGAAAGUCGAAAUAACCCACCAAGUGGACUCGACGCCCUGCGCGGCCAGCUGGAGGAGGCGCACCAGCAGCUGGAGGAGGCGGGCGCGGAGAAGGAGCGCCUGCAGGGCGAGCUGGAGGAGAAGACCUCGGAGGCGGACGCGGCCAAGGAGGACAACGAGGCCCUGCGCGGCCAGCUGGAGGAGGCGCACCAGCAGCUGGAGGAGGCCGGCGCGGAGAAGGAGCGCCUGCAGGGCGAGCUGGAGGAGAAGACCUCGGAGGCGGACGCGGCCAAGGAGGACAACGAGGCCCUGCGCGGCCAGCUGGAGGAGGCGCACCAGCAGCUGGAGGAGGCCGGCGCGGAGAAGGAGCGCCUGCAGGGCGAGCUGGAGGAGAAGACCUCGGAGGCGGACGCGGCCAAGGAGGACAACGAGGCCCUGCGCGGCCAGCUGGAGGAGGCGCACCAGCAGCUGGAGGAGGCGGGCGCGGAGAAGGAGCGCCUGCAGGGCGAGCUGGAGGAGAAGACCUCGGAGGCGGACGCGGCCAAGGAGGACAACGAGGCCCUGCGCGGCCAGCUGGAGGAGGCGCACCAGCAGCUGGAGGAGGCGGGCGCGGAGAAGGAGCGCCUGCAGGGCGAGCUGGAGGAGAAGACCUCGGAGGCGGACGCGGCCAAGGAGGACAACGAGGCCCUGCGCGGCCAGCUGGAGGAGGCGGGCGCGGAGAAGGAGCGCCUGCAGGGCGAGCUGGAGGAGAAGACCUCGGAGGCGGACGCGGCCAAGGAGGACAACGAGGCCCUGCGCGGCCAGCUGGAGGAGGCGGGCGCGGAGAAGGAGCGCCUGCAGGGCGAGCUGGAGGAGAAGACCUCGGAGGCGGACGCGGCCAAGGAGGACAACGAGGCCCUGCGCGGCCAGCUGGAGGAGGCGCACCAGCAGCUGGAGGAGGCGGGCGCGGAGAAGGAGCGCCUGCAGGGCGAGCUGGAGGAGAAGACCUCGGAGGCGGACGCGGCCAAGGAGGACAACGAGGCCCUGCGCGGCCAGCUGGAGGAGGCGCACCAGCAGCUGGAGGAGGCGGGCUCGGAGAAGGAGCGCCUGCAGGGCGAGCUGGAGGAGAAGACCUCGGAGGCGGACGCGGCCAAGGAGGACAACGAGGCCCUGCGCGGCCAGCUGGAGGAGGCGCACCAGCAGCUGGAGGAGGCGGGCGCGGAGAAGGAGCGCCUGCAGGGCGAGCUGGAGGAGAAGACCUCGGAGGCGGACGCGGCCAAGGAGGACAACGAGGCCCUGCGCGGCCAGCUGGAGGAGGCGCACCAGCAGCUGGAGGAGGCGGGCGCGGAGAAGGAGCGCCUGCAGGGCGAGCUGGAGGAGAAGACCUCGGAGGCGGACGCGGCCAAGGAGGACAACGAGGCCCUGCGCGGCCAGCUGGAGGAGGCGCACCAGCAGCUGGAGGAGGCGGGCGCGGAGAAGGAGCGCCUGCAGGGCGAGCUGGAGGAGAAGACCUCGGAGGCGGACGCGGCCAAGGAGGAUAACGAGGCCCUGCGCGGCCAGCUGGAGGAGGCGCACCAGCAGCUGGAGGAGGCGGGCGCGGAGAAGGAGCGCCUGCAGGGCGAGCUGGAGGAGAAGACCUCGGAGGCGGACGCGGCCAAGGAGGACAACGAGGCCCUGCGCGGCCAGCUGGAGGAGGCGGGCGCGGAGAAGGAGCGCCUGCAGGGCGAGCUGGAGGAGAAGACCUCGGAGGCGGACGCGGCCAAGGAGGACAACGAGGCCCUGCGCGGCCAGCUGGAGGAGGCGCACCAGCAGCUGGAGGAGGCGGGCGCGGAGAAGGAGCGCCUGCAGGGCGAGCUGGAGGAGAAGACCUCGGAGGCGGACGCGGCCAAGGAGGAUAACGAGGCCCUGCGCGGCCAGCUGGAGGAGGCGCACCAGCAGCUGGAGGAGGCGGGCGCGGAGAAGGAGCGCCUGCAGGGCGAGCUGGAGGAGAAGACCUCGGAGGCGGACGCGGCCAAGGAGGACAACGAGGCCCUGCGCGGCCAGCUGGAGGAGGCGCACCAGCAGCUGGAGGAGGCGGGCGCGGAGAAGGAGCGCCUGCAGGGCGAGCUGGAGGAGAAGACCUCGGAGGCGGACGCGGCCAAGGAGGACAACGAGGCCCUGCGCGGCCAGCUGGAGGAGGCGCACCAGCAGCUGGAGGAGGCGGGCGCGGAGAAGGAGCGCCUGCAGGGCGAGCUGGAGGAGAAGACCUCGGAGGCGGACGCGGCCAAGGAGGACAACGAGGCCCUGCGCGGCCAGCUGGAGGAGGCGCACCAGCAGCUGGAGGAGGCCGGCGCGGAGAAGGAGCGCCUGCAGGGCGAGCUGGAGGAGAAGACCUCGGAGGCGGACGCGGCCAAGGAGGAUAACGAGGCCCUGCGCGGCCAGCUGGAGGAGGCGGGCGCGGAGAAGGAGCGCCUGCAGGGCGAGCUGGAGGAGAAGACCUCGGAGGCGGACGCGGCCAAGGAGGACAACGAGGCCCUGCGCGGCCAGCUGGAGGAGGCGCACCAGCAGCUGGAGGAGGCGGGCGCGGAGAAGGAGCGCCUGCAGGGCGAGCUGGAGGAGAAGACCUCGGAGGCGGACGCGGCCAAGGAGGACAACGAGGCCCUGCGCGGCCAGCUGGAGGAGGCGCACCAGCAGCUGGAGGAGGCCGGCGCGGAGAAGGAGCGCCUGCAGGGCGAGCUGGAGGAGAAGACCUCGGAGGCGGACGCGGCCAAGGAGGACAACGAGGCCCUGCGCGGCCAGCUGGAGGAGGCGCACCAGCAGCUGGAGGAGGCGGGCGCGGAGAAGGAGCGCCUGCAGGGCGAGCUGGAGGAGAAGACCUCGGAGGCGGACGCGGCCAAGGAGGAUAACGAGGCCCUGCGCGGCCAGCUGGAGGAGGCGCACCAGCAGCUGGAGGAGGCGGGCGCGGAGAAGGAGCGCCUGCAGGGCGAGCUGGAGGAGAAGACCUCGGAGGCGGACGCGGCCAAGGAGGACAACGAGGCCCUGCGCGGCCAGCUGGAGGAGGCGCACCAGCAGCUGGAGGAGGCCGGCGCGGAGAAGGAGCGCCUGCAGGGCGAGCUGGAGGAGAAGACCUCGGAGGCGGACGCGGCCAAGGAGGACAACGAGGCCCUGCGCGGCCAGCUGGAGGAGGCGGGCGCGGAGAAGGAGCGCCUGCAGGGCGAGCUGGAGGAGAAGACCUCGGAGGCGGACGCGGCCAAGGAGGACAACGAGGCCCUGCGCGGCCAGCUGGAGGAGGCCGGCGCGGAGAAGGAGCGCCUUCAGAAUUCUCUCUUAGGUGAAGUCGGCGCUUUAUCUGCCUUGCGGGAUGUUAAUGAAGCUUUGCAGAAUGAGAUAGGUGCCAUUGCUGCUGAAAGGGAUGGUUUGGCUUUGAUUGUUGCUCAAGCUGCUGAAGAUAAGGCAGAUUUUGCAGAGCGUUUCUCCAAAGCUGAAGAGAUGACUGCCAUGUUGACCUCCGGCAUAAAUGAAUUUCGGCAGAGUUUGUGUGAAUGCAAGAGUGCGCUCUGUGCUGCUGAUGAGGAGCGUAACCGUUUGUCUGAGGAGCUUGCUUGUGCGGUGUGGGCGCAGCGGAAGCUCGAAAAGGAUAAAGCAAAGUUACAGGAGGGCUAUGUGCAUUCGGAGGGCGAACGGCGAAAGCUGGAUGCGCGUUUUGAGGCACGGAGGGAGAACCUGGGUAGCAUUGUUGUGACUGUCCCGGGUGUGACAUCAAAGCAGUCGGUAGAGGAGUGUUUCAAGGCGACCCGUACGGCAUUGAAGGCGUUGCAGAAAAAUGCUGCUUAA